AUGAGUGACUCCUCAAAGUCUCGGCCUGAGGGCCAGAUUGUCACUGCAAGGCGGGGCAGUGACCAGGCAACGGACCCGUUGCGGCCGACAACAGUGGAGGCACAGGUGCUGAUGCCAAAUGGCACAUCGCGAGCCAUCUGCUUGAAGUGUUGGCCUCACCAGUCCGAGUUGAGGUGGGAACUGCGCAGGUUGCUGCUAGCCGCGGGGUAUCGUUGCGACAGUCACCGCACCAAAGUGUGCAACGUGUUCAAGAGCCAGCGAGAUCUGUGGGACACGACCCUGGGAUGGCUGUCGAUGCCAGGAGCAGAGCAUUCCUAUGGUCACUCGCUGCAUAGCUCUCGGGCCAGAGGAGUCCAGGUCGGUGGUGGCUCAGCGGAGGAGGAGGAGUAUUGGGUCAGCACACAGUGGAUGCUGGGUCUUCUGCUGCAAUGGCAGCAGCGGAGACGAGAAGUUCAAAACAGGGACGAAGUUGGAGCUCUUGCCAAGACCAUUUUCCAGAUUUUGUGCCCAAAGCACCGAUGGCCAGGUGGAUUCGGUCACCUUCCAGAGCCCACCACUGCGGAAACGGAGCUCUGCAAACGGCUGACUGCAGAGAGGCACGAGUGCGGCUGCAUGCAAGAAUUUCGGCAAAUGUUGGGAGCUAUGGAAAUAGCAGAUGACACAAUGCCUCAUGCUCAAGUUUGGAGCAGAAUUGCGUUGGCUUUCGAGUUUGAUCACUGCCCCGCAGUCGGUGCGCUCACAGCUCGCAUGCUCAAGGGCAUCAGUGAUGUCAUUGUUGCAUGCUUCUCAGAUUGGGCGGCUGCUGACUUCUUGAAAUCUGCUGGUUUGGUCUUGCUUGGCCCGAAGAACAAAAAGCGCAGAUUGGACCCGCACUUCAAGGAGGCUGCGGUUCAGUCUGUUCUGCAAGAGGGGCGCGCUGACAAGGCUGGAACCUUCAACAAGGCCAUGCAGGUCGCGGGCGAGAAGACUGCGUUCCGGUGGAUAGAGUGUGCCCUAAUCCAGCUACAAGCAUCAGCCCAGUCCUCUUUCGGUCAGGUUGGUGUCGUCUCCCUGGCUCUCGAUGGUGCACGGAUGGGGAAGCCAGCACGUGACUGGCUGUUCAUUGCACAAAGCAUGGGGCCUGAGAAGAACCUCGAUCUCGGACUUUCACAGAGCAAAAAGCUUCAACGGAGCCUGCAAAACCCAGGGCCGGAAGCUCGGCUACAGGCCAAGAAUCUGGAGGAGGAGGUCCGACUCUUCAUGAAAAUUAUGAAGGAUCCGUCCCCUGAAAAUCGGCAGGCCAACCUGAAACACUUGCUGGCCCUGGACUGGGCUUUGGUUCGAGUGAAUGGUUGGGGCUUAUCUGCCUUCGUGCCAUCGCGUCCUUGCGGGAUGCUUCCAGCAGGCGCGAAACGGUACAUGACCGAAAUGGCAUGUCCGAUUUCUGGCCAGCCUCGCAAGCGGAGUUGUGUGCUUUUGGCGGAUGGCACGAGAACCUAUGAAGUGCCGGUCCGCGUGCAGCAAGGCGUGUUAGUCCGACCUACGCUGCAUUUGGCCCAGGAUCAAGGCAGCUCUUCCUGGUACGCCGGCGUUUUUUUGGUUCAGGGGACCGAUUUUCGUGGCACUGUCACUUGGGAUUUAUGCCAUCGCCUGAUCAACGACUUGGCGGAGGCGUGGGGCAACUCCGGGAUGACUUUGGCUCGAUUAGAGCACGCAACAUUGAUGUCCAUUCGGCGUGGUCCCUACAAUCGACAAGGGCACCGCGAGACUUUGCUCUCCACAGCCCGAGAUAUGUUUGGCACGAUGGACCACCGCAAUGGUUUGCUGCAGCUCUUCUAUGAAGAGAUCUCAGAAGAUCUCGGAUUGGAAGCUGAAGGGUCCGAUGAGCAUUACCAAAAGGUCUGGGAGAUAUGCAGGACUGAGUUGUGUAAUGCCAACAUGGGACAUUGCCCGAAGAACUCGCGAUGGUUCAGUAUAGAAGAGCUGCGCCGGCAACAGCGACACCUUCGCACGAUGACCCUGAUGCUUCUUGUGUACCUUGGGAUCAAGAAAAAUUGGUGGAAAAGUCUUGAUGAUUCACCUGUUUUCACUGGUCCGCCGAAUACCAAUGCUCCCCAAGAAGAUGUCGAUGAGGAGGAUGACGAAGCGGAAGCGGCGGAAGAGCAAGGGGAAGAGGCAGAGGAUGGUGAGGAGCCGGACAACAUCGCGGACGGUCCGACCGCCAAAAGGGUCACUGUGGCCCGUGGACGUAAGCUCAUCAAUCGGAAAAGGCAGCAGAAGACCUUGUCGGCUACACUCCGCUAUGCAGUUGACAUCCUUUGCAGACGGCGCUCGCUGCGACUCGUGGAUGGAUGCAUGAUUUUGUCACAGCCCCUGGAACGAUUCUUCAAAGGUGCUAUGACAAUGUUGAAGACGAAGUGGGGAACUGCGGAGUUGAUGCAGGAUAUGGCCCGACAAGGACUGACGCGGGUGAUCCAGGAAACGCUGCAAAGCUGGAUCGGGCCCGAGUGGACAGUGGCGGACGAAGCCGAUGCACGUGUGUUCUGGAAGUUCACAGUCACGCUGUGCGGGGAGCUUGCGCUGACGCAAGUGAAGUACGCUGUUCCCCCGAAGAGCUUUGUGCUGCUGGUAGAUCCGAGCUGCGAGAUCCGAAAGAAGGCCCUGGUCCAAUUCAAGCAGGACUGGGACAACCUGGACCGAUUAGAGAGCUGGAUCAACGGCAACCAUGCGGCAAAGAAGUCCAUGGUCCCAGUUCACCGGGCCAUGGAAUGGCCUCAGCAAACAUGGGUCCGCGAGAACUUCGUGCAGCUGCUGGAGUGUGAUUUCGAAGAGGCACAAGUCUACAGCUUUCUCAAAGAAGAGCUGAGACAGUAUGCACUGGGCAUGAACGCGACACUCUACAUCGAAAAUCUCAUUCGCGAAGCCCGCGCAAAGUGUCGCUCCAACAUGCAGGGCCGGGCAGAAGGCAAGGCCCUCUGGCACCAGCUGUCCAUGGCAUCCAGGCUCCCUGCCGAUUUUGACCGGCCCACCCUGCCAGUGAAAGGUUCGAGUGCCCCGACUGCUUCCACUUCGGGUCCGAAAUCGCUCCCACGCAAUGGUUUUUGCUUGCAACGAUCCAGAGCAGUGCACGCUCCCUGA